CAACUGAUUAAUCUAAAAAUUCCAGGAUUGCCAUCACUGAGCAAUCACUUAAAUCUCCAGUGUAGUUCCACUAACCUACAAGUGACCCUGCUUCAACGCGCACACACACACGCACACUGGAGUGCCUGAAGAAAACCCACGCAAGCAGCGGGAGAACAUGCAAACUUCACACAGGGAGGGCCGGAGGUGGAAUUGAACUUGCACCCUCUGAACUGUGAGGCGGAUGUGCUAACGUGAGUAGUCACAGCUACCCUGGGGCGAGCUGUUAGAGACGUGGCUACCAAUGUGCGCGCCUCCAGCCCUUGUGACCACCACCAAACAUUUGCAGCCAGGCAUACACCAGUAGGAGUGGCACUGAAGGCAAAGUAGAUAAGAAGAUACACUAUUAUUUGUUGCUUCAAAUGAGAAGCAACCUGGCGAAGUCACCUGGCCAUCAAAUGUUAAGGUACGUUACAGUUUUGACCCUACCAGUGUGUACUUUUGUUAUGAAUCCUUGGCGAGGUAAUGAAGGAGUGGUUCUUUUGUUUUGUUCUCCUUUUCCCCCCCCUUCUUUUCUUAACGUUGGGAGAGCGACAUGUCAUCAUUUGUUUGCCUCUUUAUAGAUUACAGUAACGUUGACACCGAUCAUGGUUCUUUUUUGCACGGCGUCUUCGAAAUUGCAGAUUCAACUAGGUUUUUCUAGAAUUCACAAUUUAUUGAGCCAUGUUUUGCUUGUAUGUCAUGUCAACGCUCGCCGAACAUGCACUGGGGCGCUUGAGCAAAUGCUGGCCAAUUGGAGCGGAUGUUACUGAUGGUAACGCGAGUCCGUCGCUAUGGUAACAAAACACAACGACGAACGUUGAUCGUUUGGAUUUUAGAGACGGGUGACAUCUUUUGGACGCACACCAAUGUUGCAGUCAAGAAAACCACGCCUGACAGAGGGCAAUGAAAUGCAUCCUCCUCGAUUCCUCCAACUACUUGAACCGAGCACAACUCAUCAAAAAAUGCCCUCGGUGGAAGUCAGUCAGUCAUUUUUCCAGCCCCACCCACCUGAGUUGAUUUUCCAGAACUUCACUCCUGCACAAUCUUACAAGUUACCUCUGCAACUGUUCAACAAUGAUAAGAUAUCACGGCAUGUCAAGCUGGAGCAUCAGGAGUCCGCUUAUUUCCAAGUUGAAGGCCCAAAGGAGGCUAAGACUAAAGUAGCAGCAGGAUUGUCAGUGGGCUUCACAGUCUGCUUCACUCCACAGGAGAACAAGGACUACCACCACACCCUGUUUUUUGUGACAGAGCGGGAGCAGUUUGAGGUGCCGAUCCAUGCCAUUGGCCCGAGAGCCAGUUUGAACUUCCGUGAUGAGUUGCAUUUACCUGACUGCCUUGUGAAAGCGUCCACACAGAGAACUCAGCUUGUACGCAACCUAGGAGACCGCAUUGCCAUCUUCAAAUUACAAACACAAAGUCCUUUUUCAGUAACACCCUCCUCUGGAACUCUGGAUAUUGGAGAGAGCAUGCAAAUAACCGUGGCUUUCAAUCCGAUGACUGCAGGAGACCACCAACAGGAUCUGUUGCUACACUACGAUAUUGGUGAAGAUGUGCACAUCAGUCUCCAUGGUUACUGUAAGGAGUUGAAGCUCAAGCUUAUCCCUGAAUACCUUCAUUUGGAAAAGACUUACAUCUCCUUGUCUAACAUGCAUACGGUGUCACUCACCAAUAGUAGUGAUACCACUCUUAAGUACUGUUGGACAACAUGCCGGAUCAAUUUCGAAGAAAGCCAGGAUUCCUCAAUGCUCGAGCACCAGCAUCUUGCAGAUUCACCUUUGCUUGUUCCCUGCCAGUCUGACCCCACAGCCAAUCAUCAAACCGGCCUCCUUGCUGUCUCACAAGGAUGUAUAACAUUAGAACCAGCGUCGGGAGAAAUAUGGCCAAAUACCACAGCACGUUUCACUGUUGUCUUCAAGCCCGAUGAAGCCAAAUUAUACAGAGAAAUCAUAUAUUGUGACGUCACAGGCAAAAAAUCUCGCAUCCCUCUGACAGUCAAGGGUGAGGGUUUAGGACCUGCAAUGCAGAUCAGCUGUAAGCUAAUGGAGAUGAAAAACAUAUUUAUAAGUCACACUGUCUCUUAUGAGGUGCAGCUGUCCAACCACGGGCUGAUUGAUGCCCCUUUUGAGUUCUCAAGCCCUUGCACUCCUUUUGGGAAAUUUUUCUCCUUCACUCCCAAGAAAGGUGUUGUUUGCUCUGGGGCUUGCCUGAUGGUGAAAGUCACCUUCCAAAGUAGCAUUUUGGGAACUUUCUCUGAGGGCUUAUUGCUAUGUGUCAAAGGCCAACCUCUACCACUUAUUCUUACAUUCAGGGGCUGUGUUAUUGGGCCAACUUUUCACUUCAGUGUUUCAGAACUGAAUUUUGGAGAUGUUGCCUACGGUUUCCCACAAACAGAAAUGUGUUCCCUCUAUAACACAUCUUUUGUUCCAAUGAACUUCACCCUGCGUGUUCUGGGAGACGGAAUGGGCUCUCCCAGUGUGACGAGUGACCAGCAAGUGUGUGAGCUGUGUAGGAACAAGUGGCAAGGAAGCACUUCUCAUGACAUCCAUGCUAUGCCUGUUGAGUUUACCGUCAGUCCUGCUGCGGGUACUUUGCGGGCCAUGGCAGACGUUAGCAUCAAGGUGUCACUGUGCUCCAACACAGUCAAACAUUACAGGUUGGCUCUGGUAGUAGAUGUUGAGGGUGUUGGAAAAGAGAUCAUGGCUCUGCCCAUUAUUGCAAGGUGUAUUAUUCCAGAUAUCAUGGUAGAGUCUCCAGUGGUGGAUUUUCAGAAGUGCUUCCUCAAUCACCCGUAUGAAAAGAAAGUACACUUAACGAACCAAAGUUCUCUACCUGUCUGCUAUGGGAUGCUGGAACAGGAAUAUGAGGAGAACCCUUCAGUGAUAUUUGGAAGUUCUUUAUCCAGGGGAGUGAUCCCUCCUCACAGCUCAGCAGACCUUCCUGUUUUCCUAUUGGUGAAGGAUGUUGGAAAGCACCAUCACACGCUUUACAUUGCUCUGUUUGGCAGCAUUCACUCACCACUGGAGGUUGUCUUGUCAUGCACUGGGCGAGGUCCCGUAGUUUACCUUCACUGUCCAGGUCAACAACUGGAAUUUGGCAAAAUACCUGUUCUGACAGAUGUUGCUAAAUCCCUUCCCCUCUCCAACCACUCACCUAUUCCAGCAUACUUCACGGCACACAUGAGUCAAGUAAAGUCCCCUUGGCGUGUUGAACCCAGUGAAGGGGAAUUGCCACCACAAGGCCAACUGGAUCUUAAGGUUGUGGCUAAUCUCAAAGAUACACUCUUUUUUCAAGACACCCUCGAGAUUUCCAUCCAAGGUAGUCAAAAUCUCAUUGUUGCCCUGUCUGCAACGGGAACGGGUACCACAAUUGUCAGUGACAAGCCCUUAUAUCCAAAUCUGGACCUUGGUAUACACUUCAGCCAUGGAUCGUGCGACUUCCAUUUCAAGGUGACCAACUAUGGCCAACGAGUACAUCGACUUUAUUGGAAGACAGAGUGCUCAUCUGGACGCACUUUUCUGCCGUCCAUCUCAACUGGAAAAUCAUGGGGAUCACAAAUUGAAGACAAACCCGUCUUCAGCAUCAGCCCAAAACGUAUGGAACUUUUUCCCGGUGACUCGGUUGACAUGGUGCUGGAAGGAUCUUCAAACUUCCCCAAGGUUGUGAAAGAAUAUCUCGUCUGCUGUGGCAUUGUGGGUCUUCAGGGGAUCAAGGAGCAUAUGUUUACUGUGGAGGUGACAUGCCAUUUUGUGACCCCUAUGCUCAGCAUGUCCCCCCAGAAGCUGAAUUUCUACAUAGAGAAGCUCCCAGGAGAAGACCUUACCCAACUUUAUGAGGAGCUGGUUUUAAAGAAUGUGUCAUCUCUCUCUCUAUCCAUGGAGCUCUCUCUUGCUUAUCCUUUCUCCCUGUGCGAGACCCGAGGAGUCUUUAGUGCUGCUAUUACAAAAAGCAUGACACUAGCUCAAGGGGAAGAAACUCAGUUGUGGAUAUGUUUUGAUCCAACUUGCUUCCAUGGUCAAUUGUCACAAGUGGUAGAUCAGACCCUCAACAUGAUCUACAUAGGACACCCACAAGAAGACAAGGUGGAAAUGCAUGCUGAACUUCAUUAUCCCAACCUCCAUUUUUCCUCCACCACAGUGGAUUUUGGAAGUGUUCUCAACUCUACAGAAAAUCACCAGGAAGUCACAAUGACAAACUGUUCCCCACUGCCGGUAUUUUACCGCUGGGCCUGUUUGGUGGAUCAUUCACAGUGUGCCUUCAGAUCUUCUGAAACCUCUAUAGCUGCUCUCACUGACGAAGGUAUUAUACCAGACCAGGACAUCCCGCAAUGCUCUGUGUGUGUGCAAGAGAUUUUUGAUGUCUUGCCAAUGCAUGGACAUCUGAAACCUGGCGAGCAGCAGUUGGUCACGUUCAUCUUUCACGGCCAGGACUUCGUUAGCCGAGAGGUGAUCGCACAGUGCCAAGUAGAGCAUGGACCUAUAUAUGACAUUAGACUCCGAGGGGAAGCAUCAGAGAUCGGCUUCAGUCUGGACUCGACUACUGUUGACUUUGGUCUGCAGCGUUUUGAUCAAAUUGGGGAGUCAACCGUGAUUCUGAGGAAUACCGGAAAGGUGGGCUUUAAAUUCAGUAUUGAAAAGGUUCAAAGGGAGAAGACCACAGUGGAACAGAAGAAGCCAGAUGCAAUGCUGGAAACUGAGGAUGAGGAGAACGAGGAGAUCCGACCUGGUCAACCACUGGUCAUCCCCCCUACAGGUUACAUUGAGGCUGGCUCACAAUAUCGUUUACGCGUGCUCUACCUCCCUGGCAUUCCUGAAGUCUUUGAAAAGCAGUUUCAGGUGGUUGUGGCUCACUUGCCACCACAGGUCAUCUCACUCACUGGCGAGGGAGUGUUCCCAAAGAUCUCCCUGAAUUUACCCCGAAGCCUGGCGAAGGAGGGCUACAGUGAUAUGCUUGACCACGCCACAAAAGUAGUCAAAAUGGAGGAUACCUGUUCACUUCCUUAUGAAGAGGUGCUUCUUUUGGAGAUUGAGAAAAUGCUGGUCACAGAAAAUGCUUUAGCGGUGAGCAAGAGCCUUAUGGAGCAGGGGAACUCACAAGGUUCUACCAAAAAAUGGAGUAAACUCAGCAAGUUCCUCCUCCCAGAGUAUGUUCUGGAUUUUGGUUAUGUUGUUCCAAGCCAAGUACUAAAACAAACUGUUAAGAUCACCAAUAAUGGACCGCUACCAGUCUCCUUCCAUGCAAACUCCAAAGUUAUUGCAGGUUUCAAGGUAGAAUUUGGUAGCAUAAGGAACCUUUCCUGUGGUGAAAAAGAAACUUUCAACGUGGAAUUUGAUCCCCAAAAAGGCAACCUAUCAUUGGGGAUCAGAAGUGCUGUCAUUCCAAUUCAGGUCAUAGGUGGUCCAUCAGUGCAAGUGCAUCUUUGUGCGGUGGUGACUGUGCCGUCAAUCUCUGUUUCCUCAGAAACACUGCAGUUUGACGUUGUGCGGUGUGGAUUAUGUCAGAUUCAGACAAUGCAGAUAUUUAAUUACGAAUCUGUGCCCUGCCAAUGGAGCAUAGUGGAAGAUGUGAAGCCUGUAAAGGUCGAUAAAUUCCUGCCCCUCCAUCAGCGCAGUAAAUACCUGCAGCAUCACCGGCCACCACCUAUAGUGUUCGAGAUGACUCCUUCCUCAGGCAUGCUCACCCCCGGCGAGCAUGUCAACAUGCAGGUCAAAUUCAGUCCUACUGAAGGGUGUCUUUACAAGAGGCAUUUAAUAAUAACUGUAACGGAGGGAACUCAGCCGGUGAUCAUUACAGCCCUGGGGCAGGGCGAUGACCCACAACUGGUGUUUUGUCCUCCAGAAUUAACCAUGGGCCCUAGUCUGCCCUUUAAUAUGGAGAUUGAAGCAGAAGUCAUUGUUAAAAACCCUUGCUCUUACCCCAUUGAGUUCUACUCCGUCGAGUUUGACACACAGUACCUGAAGGAAGAAAAGAUCCUCAGUCUACUGGAUGGAUAUGAUGCAAACGAUGUGUUGCUGCUGCCUCCAAGAAAUGCGGGAGAGAGUCUUCCUGUAGAACUUGUGGACUUCUACAAAGAUCACUGCUUUCGGCUCAAAGAUAAACACGUAACUGGAACAGGUCUGCAAAAACGAAGAGGCGGCAAAAGGGGCGAAAGACGAAGAACUGAACUGAUCAUUUCAGAUAUCAUGAAAGCAGAAGCUACUGGGAGUCUGGGAACAUUAGAGAUAAACCCUCUGUCCAAUGCAAUUGCCCGCUAUAUGGGUGUUGACCUAUCACCCAAAGGUCUAGCUGCUCUGAACUGCCGAGGCAUUGCUAUUAUUAUAUACGGAGCCCCACUGACAGUUCAAAGCAACAAAGCAGCUUUCCUGGCAAAUCACUAUGGAGGGGCUUGUCUAAGUAUGGAUGCUGUGCUUUCCGAUUCACUUUUGCAUGGGACUUCCCUUGUUAGCCUGGCUGGAAGACAGUUGUUUAGCCGUGCUGCUGCUGAGUACGCUCAGAGGUUGGAAGAGGCUGCUCAUUUAUCUGCAAACAUCGGCUCAAGAUCAGAGUCCCCCACUGAAGUAACUGAAGUAACAGACGCAUCGGCAAACUCAGUUACCUCAGAAACUCACUCAAAACCCUCUGAAAGCAUCAGCAGUGACUUAAAAUCGCAAAAAGAAUCAGGGGGCACAGGCAGCCAGGGAUUAAUUAAAACCACAAUGUGUAAUCUCUUGCCUGAAAAGCUCCUGGUCGAAAUCCUAAAGGAGAGAUUUCAGUUUGAUGACUGCUAUUGUGGAAUCAUAAUUUACAGUCUUGAUUCAGUCUACACCAAGUCUGUGGCACACUCUCUUCAAAUUAUUCUCAAGGCGCUUAAUAACCGUAAACACAUGUAUGUGAUCAACAUACAUGACACAUACAGUGCCUUAAAAGCUCGGAAGAUGGAACAAAGAAUAGCUGAAGAGGCCUUGGAGAUGGAAAAGGCACAGUUGGAGGAGGAGUGGCUGCAGAAUAUGGAUGAGGAGGAAUAUGAAACUCUACCAGAGGAAAAGAAAGAGCAAAUUAUUGAACAGCAGAAACAAAAGAAACUCAAAGUUCUUGAGCGAAUCAGGAAAAUGGAGCAGGAAAAAAAGUUACAGGAUGAAAUGAAGAAAAUCAAAGUCGAUGAGUUAAAAAAGAAGACCAAAAAGGGUGCAGCUAAGGAAAGCAAACAAGUGUCAAGGAAGAAGGCUUCCGUGGAGAGUAAGCAGCCAUCUAGUGCAAUGGGUGCUCCUCGAAUCCCAUCCUCAAAAGAAUCACAAGCGGACAAGAAAGAUCAAUCUACAAAUGACGGCAAAGAAGGAGAAGACACGAUGCAGUCUGAUACAGCGGAAAAGCCCGUGAUGGAUGAGCUGCACAAUAUGUUCAGUGCGUAUGAAAAGUGCCAAAUCCAGGUGGAACACAUUCUCCAACAUUGGGACCGUGAGAACGGCUUAUUGCGGGUCCCAGUACCAGGUCAGGAUACAUCCCCAGAUGAUGCCCCGGCUGAGAAACAGGCUCCUGCACCAAAGAAGAACAAAAAAUCCAUUAGCAAAAUCCCAUCACCAAACAGUCAGGCGGAGCUAGCCAAGAACGAAAAGGCAAUAAUCAUCAUCCCUCACAUUGUUCUUAAACUCACAGGCAAAGACUAUCCAGAUUUGUAUGAAUUGCUCAAAAACCAGGACCUUCCUCCACUACAUGAGGUACUCGAGGAACUGGGUUUGGGUUCAGGUGAACUUUCUAUCCCUCCCCCGAUUACAUUCUCGGUGAUUCAUCUACCCAAAACUAGGGAGCGAGUAAAGAGACAAGUGAACUGUAAUUGUUUCAUAUUUCUGAGUCGUUCUUCAGGAGAUGAACGAGAUGAGAGAAAAGAGGAAGAUGAUGAGGAUGUACAAUCAAUAAAGACACCAAAAGGUCGCAAAGCAAGUGCAAAGCUGAUGAGAGAUAAGAAGGGCAGAGAUAGUCAGAAGAGUGUUAAAAGGCCUGCUGCCCUUCCAAAAGUUAAAGCCACGGAACAAAAUAUAACCUCCGCACUUGUGUCUUCCACACCUGAUAUUUCCGACCAAGAUCCUCACAAUGCAAGUGUAGAGCAGAAACGCAACCAGAGCCUCACAACAUUUCGCUGGAUUGUGCCAGCAAAUGGACAAGUGGUGUUGAAGAUAUGGUUUUACUCCAGCACUCCUGGGAUAUAUGAACAAACCUUUAACUUUGAGCUCCUUGGGACUCAAAAAGUCUACCACCUCCCUUGCAAAGGGAUUUGCACAUAUCCCUCCUUCUGCAAUGACUACAAGGUUCUUUUUCCCUAUUGCCGAGAGGUGCCAAAAUUCAUCCAAGGGCUAAAGAGGACAUAUGUUGUUAAUCCUGGGUACUAUGAGUUUGGACCAUUACUCUGUAGCAAGACUAGAGACAAGUACAAGGAUAAUCGAUAUCCAGAAAACACAGAGAGACUGGUGAUCAGAAACAAUUCCGGACUUGAGGCUGAGAUUCAGUUCCAUUUCCAAACUGACACCCAGGGCAUCACAUAUUUGCUAGAUCCUCCCAACAUGACUCUACAAACUGACCAGGAACAGGAGUUGACUGUCUGGGCUUACCCAACAACUCCAGGAGAGAUGAAGGACAAUAUUGUGUGCUGUAUCAAGGACAAUCCAGAGGUUUUCACCAUUGCACUCUCCUGUCUGGGAGUGAAACCAGAGCUGGAGCUAGAAAGCAAACGACUGUAUUUCAACAGGGUUUUACUUCACAGACAGGAGAGUCGAAGUGUGAAGCUCCACAACAGGACUCCUCUGCCAAUAUCGUGGAGACUUCAUGGUUUAGAGGAACUUGGUGAUGAGUUUAGUGUAUCUCAGGACCACAGUGUCGUUCUACCCAACUCCUCCCUCCUCUUGACCAUACACUUUUUAGCCAAAAAGCCAUUGAAUAUUAAAAAGCAAUUACGUCUUGAGGUUUCAGAUGCAGAAAAUAUUCUGGGUGUCUUAUACACGGACAAAAUAGGGGUCUCUGCAGAAGCCUUUGAUAUAGCUAUGGACAUCAUGCCAGAUGGCUGUCUGGACUUUGGAACAAUAAAAGUCUUUGAAGAAGUAGAACGUACCAUCAAACUGAAAAACCAAGGAAAAUAUGAAUUUGUAUUCAAGAUUUUAGUUGGAGACAAAAACCCCAACCUAAUAUCGGCCUUCACGAUGACUCCUGCAACUGGUACCUUAAUUCCUCGCAAAAAAUACACAUCGAUUCAGAUUGUCUGCAAACCCAAGAAGGAAGUGUCAGUCACAGACAAACCUGUCCUCUCCUGUCAGGUGAUUGAACCCAGCAUUGGAGAUGGAGGACAUAUUGUAGCCAUUUUACCCAUCAAUGUUACAGUCCAGUCUGUCUUUUCCAGGUACACAAUCUUACCGAUGUGUGACAUCAAUUUUGGUCCUCUCGUUUAUGGCUCCAAGAAAAGCCAGAACUUUAUUAUUGAGAACAGUGGACUAUUUGAGACCUUUUACACCAUCUCCUGUGUGGGCAUCGGCAUUUGCCCACGAACAAAGCAGAGUGGUAAGAAAACCACACGAGAAAGCACUUCAGAGAAGUCUCAUACAUCCGGUACUAAAAUGAGGAGUGAGUCCUUCCAGAAAGAUUCAAACGUCUCACAGAAUCGACUCACCACAGGCGUGUUUGCGGUGUUCCCUUGCACGGGAAUAAUGCAGCCUGGGACCCGGCAGGCAGUGACGGUUGACUGCAUAGCUGAACAGCUCGGCAGCUGGAGCCAGAAUUUGCUUAUCGAUAUCAGUGGCCGUGACCCCUCGGACCACCCUGAAGGCAUACCAUAUAAACUGAUAGCUGAAAUUUGUAGGCCAGGCAUCGUUUUGGAAAUGGCCUCUAUCUUUGAAGAGCACCAUGUGUGUCAAAGCAUGAGUCAGCUAACAUCUGAACCAUUUUUCAGUGCAGAACAGGUUUUUGUACUGGAAGAGAACAAGCUUAUUUUCAGUAAGAUUCUUGUGGGGCGAACCUCUCAGGUUCGCUUAAAACUUACUAACAACAGCAAGGUCCCUUACAUGCUCAACUUGGUCAUCAGAUAUGUUGGCAGUAAGAUUUCCGGCAAUGCGGAUGUUUUUGAAUUGCCGUCGCCAACAUUGUUCGUUCCCGGCCAAUCCCACGCAUUCACUUCAUUGAGCUUCACACCGCAUACAAUGCAACUCUACAAUGCUGUGUUUGAGGCCACGUUUGACAAAAGCAGCAGAGUAACAACACACCUAAAGAACAAGGUUUUGGAGUUUGAUAUAACUGCUGAAAGCUGUCUACCAGUUGUGUCUGUGAUACGUCCGGCCAGCAAAACAAAUCCAGCCUUGCUGUUCAGACGGAUCAUAGUAGGACGUACUAAUACCCUACCUUUGGUGCUAUUAAAUGAUGGCACUGUGCCAGCUCAGGCCCAAGUUGACAUGACGGAUAAAGACGGAGUGUUAACACUCAGAGCUGCUGCUGAAAACAAAUGUAGCACUAUCGAUUUCUCUCAAUUUGAGGACACCCUUGACAAUGCACCUCGGUUAGUCCACAGAGCAUGCCUGAAACUUGAUGUUAACGAGAGGGCUGAAUUCAAGGUCACUUUCUCCUCAAACAAACCUCUGAAAGUGGACGACAAAAUUUCAGUGCAAGUCAAGGACAGCCUUUACAGCAAUACUACAAUACAAGUAACUGGAGAGGCUUACCAGCAACUGGUUAGUCUUGAAAACAUCAGAAAGCCGCCACGGGAAUUGCAUCCCAACUACGACCAGGAAGAUUAUUCCGACUUGCUCAGUUUUGGUUACUGCUCAGUAGCCUGUCCUGUCAAAGAGAGUUUCACUUUGACAAACCAUAGCAGCAGUAACCAAGUGGUGAGGUUUGAGUGGCCCGCUGAUGACGCCAAUCUCAGUUUUUCACCGCAGGUAGGACACCUGCAUGCAGGCUGUUCUAAGGAAGUGACAGUCAUCUUCUGCGCCAAAGCUCGAGUGAUACUAACAAGACAGCAAAUUUCAUGCAAGAUUUGUCAAGUGACCUUCCAGCAGCCAUUGGAUCAGGUUCCUGACUGGGAUGACCAAAAGAAGACAUUGCAGUCAUCAACGACACCGCCACAGCAAACAGGAAAGAACAAGAAACAAUAUUCUGAGCCAGCCUGCUCUGUGGUCAAAGGCUCCGACUGGGAUUUGCAUUUAUGCAUCAGUGCAGUUUGUGACUUUGCAAAGUGCAGCUGCGACACAGUAAAUAUCCGAUUCAAAGACACAUUGGCUUACCAAAGCAGCACUCACCAAGUGCAGAUAGUUAAUGAGGGUGCUGUGAGGCUUGAAUAUUCCUGGCAAGUCUUGAUAGAUUCAAGCACCUGUCCUCCAGUCAGCCAAAACCAAGAAGGUAGCACGUCAUCAAGGGCCUUGACUGAAGAUCAGCCUGCAAGCAGUAUGACCAGUGAAAUGGCUUUUCUGAUGGGAAGCCCCAAUAAGAAUUGUUUCACCGUGGAGCCAAGUAUUGGGUCCAUUUUGCCUGGUGCUUCACAAAGUUUCUCUGUUUGCUUUUCACCUUUGGAGGCAGGCCAAUUCCAAGGGAGAUUGCAAUGCAGUAUUUCCAAUUUACGUGCUGGGACUCAGGGGCCCUCAAUCUCAUUUUGUGGGCGCAGCAUAUUACCCCAUUGCCACUUUGACUUAGAAGACUCUGACUACAUCAGCGGGAGCCGACGCAAUCCUCGAUUCAGAACUUAUUUGGAAGCUAACAUCAGAGUGAUGGAGUGUAAAACUCUUGGCCUCUAUACCCCAGCAAAAAGAUCUUUUACUGUGUUGAACCCAACCACUGAACCAUACUCAUUCCAAUGGAGGUGUGAAGAUGGUGGUAACAGUCCAUUUACAUGCCUUACCCCAUGUGGCACUAUUCCGCCUGGAGAGAAGUCAGAGAUGUGCUUUAAAUAUGUGGCUGAUCAGGUGAAUGAUGUGGAGUCAUUCUGGAGCUUUGUGAUUGAGACGCUGUCUCUGUCUAUGCCCUUCCUUUGUGUGGGCUCCAUGAGAGAACCCCUUAUCUACUUUGAAAAACCUCACAUCAACUUUGGAGAACAACUAAUUGGUAGUAAAGUAUCACAAACAGUGAAUCUAGUGAAUAGAGAGAAGGAGGCAUUUCACUUCACUGUUUUGCAGCGAUCAUUACUCUGUGAUGACCAAGAGUCCAGCCUCAAUUUGCAGCCAAUGUCUGGCACAGUGCCAGGCAAAGACAGGUUACCCUUGACAGUUUCCUUCAGUCCUUGCCGGCAGGGCUUUGUGAACUUCAAAAUAACCUUGAGGGUGAAGAGAAAGUCAAAGCCACUCAUCCUCACUUGUAAGGCACAUUGUUUUACAAUUAUGGCUUCUGUUCAAGUGGAGAAUCCAGAUGGAGGCCUCAGAGAGCUGAGUCCUGACGUUGUAGAUACUUUAGACUUUGGAAAGGUGGGCAUUUCGGAGCAAGCUACCUUUAAUAUCCUGGUGACCAAUACAGGGAGACACAACAUGGAUGUGAACUUUGAACUGGAAGGGCCGUGUGAGCUGCUGCCAAACCUAGCAACAAAACCAAAAAGUUCCACAAUCGCUGUUGGGGAGAAGCUGCAGGCGGCAAUCUUCUUUUUUCCUCAGAGCAAUUGCACCCUCACAGAUACCAGACUUCUUAUAAAGGUAAAUAAAGGCCCAUUGUUUACCAUCACUAUACGAGGCAGUGGUGUGUCACCCGGUCUUGAAUUCUCGUUCAAAAAGUACAACUUUGGCAAGAACUUUGUGUAUUGUACCGGCAUGGUGCCAGCAUGCCAAAUUCUUGUGUUGAAAAAUAAAGGCAACAGGGACAUCAGCAUCAAGUCUCAAUCGAGAAAGUUCACAUUUCUGGAAAUUGAAUUCAAACCAGAUGUUUUGUCCCCUGGUUCAGUAGUGGAGGUUCCUAUCACCUUUUAUCCUCGUGAACCGCGACGUUACCGUGAAAAGAUCGUCUUCUUAAUAAACAGCUGCAUCAAAGAACAGGUGGACAUUUGGGGACAAGGAAUUGAACUGAAGUUGGGAGUAUUGGCUCCCAAGCACCAGAAUCUGAAAUUUGGAAAUCUGACACCGGGUCAGAAAAUUAUAAAACGGGUACAGCUAGUCAACCGAAGUAUUUUGGACGUUUCCUUCUCCUUGUAUCUUGACACCAAAAAAAAACACCUCGAAACCACGGAUUUGUCAUUCAGUCCAGAAUCCGAGCUGUACCUCAGAUCUCUUCAGGGUUCAUGUAAUGCGGAGAUCCUGUUUACGCCACAGCAGCGUCUUGCUCCCUUUACUGCUGAACUGAAGGCUGCAAUUGGCAGCUAUUUACAUCCCCUGCUGACCAUUCAGGGCUGCUGCCAGGGUGUAGACGUGCGUCUAGAACAGGACCACCUGGCAUUUGGAUCAGUUGUCCAGCAUUGCCAGGCCAAAAAGAAAGGUGUCAUGAUCAACACAGGAGAACUUUGUGCCCGGUUUCAUUGGAAAACUGAAGCCUUCCCUCCAGAGUUAUCCGUCCAUCCAGCUAAAGGCUCUAUCCAGCCCGGAAAGGAGGUUCCUUUAGAAUUUACCUUUGCCCCCGUUCGCUUGAAUAAUGACUCAAGAUACGAAAACCUAACUUGCGCCAUUGAAGGCUCCUCUUCACUCAUCACUCUCACCGUGACGGGCUCCUGUAUUGCGGCCGCUUCCAACAAAGAGGUGAUCAAUUUUUCUUGCCCAGUGCGUGGCUCACACACCCAGACACUGUCUGUGGUCAACCCUACAAACCACCGUUGCAGUAUACGACCUGUCAUCAGUGGCAAGCACUGGAGAGCUGCACCGACCGUGGUUCUUGAGCCUCUUCAAAGCAACGCAUAUGUGGUCACCUACAGACCGCUUACUAUGACUGUUGAUGGAAAGAAACACACGGGCUCAGUGUUUUUCUCAUUUCCCAAUGGGGCUGGAAUGCUGUACAUGCUACAAGGGACUGCUGAGCCUCCGAAGCCCGAGAGUACAUUAGUGCGUGAACUGCCUGCCAAGACCCAUCACACACAGAUACUUCCUGUGACCAACUGGCUCUCAAAGCAGAAACGGUUCCUUGUCAUGAUAGAGUUUCUGAGUCCGGAAAAUCCGGACUCUACGAUAUCUCUGAAAGGUCGUGAGUACAUUGAUGUCCCGGCUCAGUCUAAGAAGGACUACAAGAUUCAUUUUUACACAUUCAGAGAGGGCCAGUACAAUGCAAAGGUGACAUUUCUGAAUGAGGCAUCAAGGGAGUACUUGUUCUACAUUAUUAACUUCAAGGUUACCAGUCCGGGAGACUUGACUACAAUCGAACUGGUGUCAAACGUCCGCGAAAAGACUUCAGCCACCAUAGACGUGGAGAACCCCCUGAACACGCCGAUUUGCCUCACAGUUGACUGUAAAUGCCCUGAAAUCAAUGCUCCAAGUCUGCACACUGUGCCAGGAAUGUCAAAGGGCGCUCUGACCUUCUACUACCAGCCCCUCCGCGCUGGCGAGACGACUUCUCGGCUCUCUCUGUUUUGUAUUGAUCUUGGUUACUUCCACUAUGGUCUUCUUCUUCGAGCUCUGCCUCAACCACCAGAGAAGACUAUUCAAUUCAGGGCUUCUCUGGGGAGCAGCCACAGUGUGGCUGUUAAGUUCCUUAACUUCUCCCACUUCAAAACAGAAUACACCUGCAAGACUGACUGUCCAUCCUUCCUUGUGAACAAGUCUGUGGCUGCAUUGCCAGGUAACCAAACAGGGUCUCCAGUAAGUGUGGAAGUUUGUUUUGAGCCUUAUCAGCUUGGAGAGGUGAAAGGACAGCUUCACCUGUCUUCUGGAAUUGGGGGCGAAUAUGUCUUUCUGUUACAUGGGGUUGGCCUCCCUUCCAAAACACAAGGCCCGUUCAACAUUAGGAAUGGCCGUAGCAUCACUAUCCCCUUCAAGAAUGUGUUCCUGCAGACCACAGUCUUUUCUUUCCAGGUGGACAACCCCAGUUUUACUGUCAAAGCACCAGACUCCUUCCUCUCUAAAAAAACGCAGCCCAUCCAAGUGCACUUUAUUGCCCCUGAAGGAGGCUCGCCAGGGCCAUGUGUUGGCAAAUUGACGAUCUCCAACCAAUGCACGGAGGCACAAAGUGCCUGCUCAUGGAUUUAUUACUUGAGAGGCAACCUCCUGGAAUCAUCCUAGUCACAACCUUGAUCGAGUCAGCAAAACAAAUGAUAAUAUUGCUUCAAUUUUGUGUAUUACUGUCAAACAGUAAAUAAAUCAUAAUCCGGAACUCCAAAAAUAACUCCAACCAUACUGUACAGUAUAAGAAUGGUCUGAGACCAGGCGAAUAAAUUUAAUGUUUCAACCUCCAAUGUAAAUUACAUGUAUUUUCUAUUUUUGAAAUAGAGAGCUUGCUGUUAUUACUAAUUACCACACGGGGGCACUGGUUUCAUGUGUAAUGACUCCAGUCUGUGACCACAGUCCCAUUACUUUAUAAUAUAAAGUUAUUAUGGCAAUUAAAGUUGUGUUGUAAUGUUGCCUUUUAAAUCUUUAAACUUGCUUUGAAUAA